UUUUUUCAAUUAGUAUAAGAUUGACUAAUCACUCUUGUUUGUUUACCCAUUUAUGCAACACAUGCUCAUACUACUUUGGCAGCACACACUUCCACUCAAAAUUAGUUUCACUUCUUUUACAACAAGCUCAAAAUUGUAGUAUAAAAUCCUUCAUUACUCUAUUACCCUCCUCCUUCCUCAGAUCUUUGGGGGCCUAGAUCUUGAAGGAAGCCAAAAUAUCAAUGGCUCAUCUAAUGUAUUUGUGCUCCACAAAGGUACUCAUACUCUCUCUUCUUUUGUUUCUUUUUGCAUCUCUUUGCACUUGUUCUUUGUGGUCUGAACCUCAACUCCACAGAAGAACAAUGCUAGAGGACCAUAAAGAACACCAAAGUGACAAGAAAACUACCCUCCAAUCCACCAAAAACCAAACCAAACUAAUCAAACCCGAUAGUUUCACUUCCAAAAACCAUACCAAAACCAUCAAAUCCAAUAACCUUAAUUCCUCCAAAAACCAAACCAAAACCAUCAAAUCCAAUAACCUUAAUUCUUCCAAAAACCAAACUAAAACUAUAAAAUCCAAUGACAAUUCCACUAAAACAGUCAAAUCCAAAAACCUUAAUCCCUCCAAAAAUGCACCAUCCAAAUCCUCACCACCCAACACUAACAGCAUCAAGAAGCUCAAUUCCACCAACACCACCAAGUUCAAGAAGCCGAACUCCACAUCCACAUCAACCAAAAAGCCAUUAGAUCUCGUGAAAACAACUACCAAAACCACAAAAUCCACCACCACCGACAAAAACAACAACCCACCAAAAACUCAAACUCGCAACACAAACAAAAAACCAAAGACACAAACACCACCUAGUCGCACAUUAGAAGAACAAGAAGACGAAGAAGACGAUGAUUUCGCUUCAUUCUCAGACUUCCAAGAUCUCCCAAACAAAUUCCACCGCACACUACUCCCAGACCUAGAACGAAUCUCAACAACCUCCAAAGCCUACAUAACAAACGCCAACAACGAAAUGACAAAAGGAUUCAAACCCUACGUCGGCAAAAAAUACGCACCCACCAUAGCCGCUAUAGUCUCCACCGCUUUCGUACUACUCCCUCUCCUCUUAGUCUCUCUCCUUUUCAACAAAAUCAAAACCUAUUUCUCUCUUCAAAAAAUCCUAAUCUUCAUCCAAAUCUACCUCUCAAUCUACUUCACCAUUCUCUGUAUCUCAACAUUGGUCUCUGGAACCGAACCUUUGAAGUUUCUAUUCUCUACUUCGCAGUCCACGUACAUCUGCUUCCAAGUACUUCAAACUCUUGCUUAUGUUUUCUAUCUACUGUUACUCCUCAUGUACCUUGUUCUUGUCUUCUCUACCGAAUGUGGGCUUGGGUCGAAGUUCUUGAGCCUGGCUCAGAUUUUCGUGGGCUUUUCUGUUGGGCUUCAUUAUUACGUGACGGUGUUUCACAGGGUGGUGCUGCGGCAACCGCCGAAGAGUAAUUGGAAGAUUCACGGGAUUUAUGCCGCGUGUUUUUUACUCAUUUGUCUUUUUGCGAUGGCUGAUAGAAGGAAGAAAGCUUACGUGGAAAAUGAUGGAGAAGAAGGCAAGAAGAAUUGAAGUAAAUGUAAUUUAUUUAUUUAUUUAUUUUUGUUUUCAUUUGAUUUAAUUUUAAAAAAUAAAUAAAGUUAAAUUAAGCACCAAAGUUAA